UUCCUCGAGAAGCUUUAGUGCAAAAGAGAAAUGCUCGUCUGUUCAUUCUUUGAUUUUCGUAUAAAUAUAUAUCUCUAUCAAACGUAUGUACGUCAGUGUUGCUUUUAUUGGUUAUUUCGAGGACCGGAAGUUUUUUUUUUUAAUUAUUAUUAUUAUUCCCCCUCCUCUGACAAGACUUUUCGUUUCUUACAGGUACUAUCCAACUUAGGCGAUUCUCGAACACGUUUACACCUGAAGUCGUGCGUAAGGGGAUAGCCCACCCAGGCCCCCGUUUUCCGCGUUCUCUUUUUUUCCCUUUUUUAUCAUUUAUUUCCGUGUAAACUGCAGCCUUGAUAUAAAAAAAACAAACAUUGAUGGUGGAUAAUUUAGGCCUGCGUCCAGGGCCCCGGGGAGAAUAACGGAUUACAGAGUCGCCUCACACCUCCGUCUCAAUCCAGAGACAUGGCUCGACCACGGCCGCGGGAGUACAAGGCAGGAGAUUUGGUUUUUGCCAAGAUGAAGGGAUACCCGCACUGGCCGGCGAGGAUUGACGAGCUUCCAGAGGGAGCUGUCAAACCUCCCGCCAACAAGUACCCCAUCUUCUUCUUUGGGACCCAUGAAACUGCAUUCUUGGGGCCAAAGGAUCUUCUGCCCUACAAGGAGUAUAAAGACAAAUUUGGCAAGUCCAACAAGAGGAAAGGCUUCAAUGAGGGUCUGUGGGAGAUCGAGAACAACCCCAGAGUCAAGUUCACAGGCUAUCAGGCCAUCCAGCAACAGAGUUCAUCAGAAACCGAAGAGGGGGGAAACGCCGCUGACGGCAGCAGCGAGGGCGAGGAGGGCGACUCUGUCGAGGAGGAAGACGAGAGGGAAAAGCUGAAGGGAGACAAGACCGGAUCCAAACGGAAACAGAUGGCCACCUCCAAGAAAUCCUCCAAGCGGUCGAGGAUCUCAUCUGGAGAGGACGACCUGGAGAAGGAUGUGAAAGACGACGACCAGAAGAGCGGCUCAGAAGGAGGAGACCCCGACAACGACAUCAUCCAAAAUGCCACCGACUGUAAGAAGCAGCUGCUCAUAGAAGAACAUUAAGUGAAGAAAGCAUGAAAGGGAAAUCAUUCUUUGUAGCUGCUGCCAAGAUAGAAAGGUGAAUCCACAACAUGAUUUCUCAUCAGCACCAUCUACUGGCUGCCAUCUUCACCUCCUCUUCCCUUUUGACUCUGAGUAUGUGUUUGUAUGAAAGAUGCACCCGUACUGAUACUAGUAGUCAUCACGUGGACACCAGGGUAAAACUGGGCAUUAUAUCACACCGUUUUUUUCUACUGUAAUGUAAAAUAGACAAGGUUUUACCGAGUGACUCUGAAUUGUUGUUUAUAUUGUUAUUAACUGUUAAGUAUAGGAUAUGUAUAGGGGCAUUGAGUAUUUGAAGACAUAGCUCCUAGUGGUUCUCUUGGUAACCAUUAGGAGCUCUGAUAACGUGACCUGCUUUUAUGUGUAUCUUUUUUUUCUAUUCAGGUCAUACAAAUAGCCCUGUCAAAAUAUAAAUAAAUACGUUUUAACUUGUAAGGUAUACCCAUUUCAGAACCCGUUAAGUAAGGUUUGUCUGUUAAGAAAAUGGUGGGUGGUGUGGGUUAUUCCAUCUCCUUAGUCUCUGCGUGCUUGCCCACCCACUCCCAAAAGUUAAUUCUCAAUCUGUAAGAACCACUGCACUUAAUAUUUUUGGGAUCUUUCAACAACAUCUCACAGUCAUCAUCAGCAGAUGGAGUUUGCUCAUAAAAAUGUUAAUUAUAUAAUUAUAUAUUUUGGGCAGAAUUAGGAAGCUAGAAUCAAGGAACUGUCCCUAUUAACUAGGAACCUUGGCAGGAACUAAGUGUAUUUCCAGGGUUUAGUACUAGGGUUGGGGCUGCACAGUGGCGUAGUGGUUGGCACUUUCACCUCAAAGCAAGAAGGUUCUGGGUUUGAGUCCCGGUUCAAACCAACCAAGGUCCAGCGUUUUGGGUGUUUUCAAUUCACUUUUUUGCUAGCGAUUUUCCUGCACUGACUCAAUAAUCCCAAUUGCAAAGCAAAGUAAAUCACAAUCAACAGAAACUUAAUUUGAAUCUCCUACGUUAAUCUGGAUUGUGCUCCCCGGAGAACAGGAGUGGAACAGCAUGUUGUAGACAUUGGUACCUGGGACUAAAGAUUCCAGGUACCUUUGGUCACAAUGCAGAUUUACUAGAAAAGGUUUUGUUUUGGCUCGGGAAUGGGGCCACUCAGCAGAAAUGUAUUUCCAUUGGUUAGCUGCUGAAUAUAUCAGUCAAUAAUGAACUCACAGAGAAACAUCUACGAACCAUUACAUUUUUAGCACAGCAGCCCAGAGGCUAGCUCAGGCCUAGGUGGCUCACCACAGCUCUACUGCACUGUUCAUGCAGUUAAUGGAUAAAGCGAAUAAUCGCAGGUCAGUUAAAAUUUUCAUAUAAUUGUCCGUGCAGGAUUAAAUGCUACGCUUACCUGUGUAUAUAAAUACACGAACACAGAAGAAGAUAUUUUCUUUCCAUUGAUGGGAACACCCCUUCUGUAAGUUUAGGAUAAUGAGUUUUGAGUUAUUUGAGAAAAUUCUGACAAUAAUUAGCCACUUACUUUAUUGAGGUCAAUUAAAGCUCCAAAAUUGACAAACAAGAUGUGAAAUCAUUGGCAUUAUUUUUACUUUUACCUCAUCUUCAUCACACACCUGGUUCAGCCACUUAAGCCAAAAUGCUUUCUAAAAUCCAAAUAACUAAUUCAGUUAAAAUGUAAUGCCCUACACUUAUAAUAUGACAUGGAAGAGUAAAGAAGAUACCAUGUUUAUAUUGAUACGUGUUGAAAAUUGACAGUAUUGUUGCAUCUCUACUCGUGACAUGAUAUUACACCAUCAUGACACUACAUGUCACAUGUAGGUCAGAUGAAAGGAGGUUGAGUUGGCUCAUCUUCUUCACAUUACUCCAUCAGUCAGUAUUUAUACUUGUGCAUACCUCUCAAUCACGGUCACCUGUUACUGUGUACAAACACAUUUGAUAGGACCUACAUAUAUAUAUAUACAUAUACCCUCCUACUGUCUAUUAUAUAUGUUGGGUAUUGCAGUGUCCUGAUCACUAGUUAUAGCUUGAAAUAGAUUUUUUUACAAGGAUAAUCACUGGAGGGACUUCUGGAAUAUUCAGUAACUUUUAAACAUUAUCCAUUACUCUAUGUAACUCUCUUUCAUGUACCCAGGAAAAGAUGAAUAGAAAUACAUAGAUAAAUGUAUGAAGUGUUGUGCACAACUGGGUUAUACGCUGUAACUCAAUAUUAACUAUAAAUGUAUAUUUUACUUUUUUUGUAGAACAUAGGCCCACUAUUCUUCCACUAUUCUACUUGGACUGCGCUAGGUAAUAGCUCAUGCUUUUAUGGAACAAGUGAUACAUCUGUUCUUCUGUGUAUCUGUGGAAUAGAUUACUGUAUAUUUUAAAGCUUUUUAUAGUGGCAUGCUCUGCUGUUGUACUCUACGUCAUUCUUUUGUGAGAGUGUCUAAAUAAGAUAUUUGUUGCUGUGUGAUGGGCUUGGAGGUAAAAUAAUGCACAAUCCACUUGUUUCUGUUGCCUUGUUUCAGUGUUUAAAGAUGACAGUAAACAGAACCACACCAACUUUCCAAGGACACUGGGGACUAUGAUACACAGUGUGAUAAUACAUUUUGAAGUUGCCAAGCCUGGAACAGUUUAUUUUGAUGACACUGGGCCUCUUUGAUUUUCACUCUGUGCCAGUGUCCCUUUCUUUGCCCCCCGCUAUUGUUGAGAAAUAGAAAUAUUUAUUUUUCACGAUUUCUGAAUGAGAACUUUGUUUUCUGUUUGUAAACUCAUGUUUUUUUUUAUCCCCUUCAAACCUCUGUUACGCUCAUAUUUGAAACAUGUUUUGCAUUUUUACGGUUUGUAAUAUACGGUAAACUGUUUUUGCUGUUUAUGGAGGAGACUUUUACAAAAUAAACAAUUGGAAUGCACAGUGAGGCUGUGAUGCUCGUCACACA